GGCCGAUGUAGGACGAGCCGACCGCGCGUCUGCCCGCCUGCGCUCCCGCUGCCAUCCCGGUCAUGGCCUCCGCGCGGCCGCCACCGACACCACCGAGGAUGAAGCGACCAGCCAGCGGCCCUUCCCUUCCCGACGCGGAGACGGACGUCAAGCCGAAGCAGAGGCACCGGUAGAGGCGAGCCGCGCCGGGGAGAGCCGCCUCUCAUCACCGCGCCACCCCGGUCUCCUCCAUGCCUUCCUCCAAAGCCAAGUACAGCUAUUCGACAAAGGGGGGGGCGAACCCGGGCGGCUGCAGGAACAUGACAACCAACAGGGAUUAUUCUGUCAAUCUGUCGGUGCAGCAGGUGCUGAGCCUUUGGGUGCAAGGCACGACGCUGCAGCACUUCACAGAGAUGUGGUACUGGGUGUUCCUGUGGUGUCUCUUCUCCUCGCUCUUCCUCCACGGGGCGGCGGGGCUGCUCAUGUUGGUCAUGCUGCAGCGCCACAAGAGGGGCCGCCUCAUCACCCUGGUGCUGGUCAGCGUGGGGUUCCUGGCCUCCCUCUGCGGCGGCGUCAUCACCAGCGCGGCGGUGGCGGGGGUGUACCGUGUGGCGGGGAAGGACAUGAUGCCGCUGGAGGCCCUGGUGUUCGGCGUGGGCCAGACCGCCCUCUCCGUCAUCAUCUCCUUCUCACGCGUCCUCGCCACUCUGUGAGGCGGAGCCUUCCCGGGACGAGCUGAGGGGACAGCGAGCCACUCUGAGCCACUGGAGGAGGAGGCAGGGAAUGCUGCGGACCAUUUAAGGGGGGCUGGAUGGCAGGCGCACGGGCGCUAACGGCGAGCGCAGACGGCGUCUCCAGCUCCUGGACAAGAAAGCCAUGUGGGGUUUUUUUUGGGCCGUGUCCAGAGUUGCAUCACUUCUUCGUGCCAACAGCCUUCUCUGGGACAUCCAGAUGCCUUUGUAUGGCCACUGACUGAGAAGGCUUUUUGUUGCACCUUCGGGGGAGCGGGGGGCGACAUGUUUUUGCAACAGCAGAGUGACAACCCUUUAACGAUGCUAUCCUGUAAAUGUUUGAGACGCCCCACGGCCAAUGCAGUGUGGAGUCAGUAGACGAGGAGGAGACAAAACGAAGCGCUUGGAUCGGUUUGAAGUAUUGAUCGGUUGUGUGCCGACGAGGAACCCCGGGAAAUAUUUCCACACAUCGGGGCAACAGCCCUGCACGCCUUCCUCCCCAGAGGCGGAGAAGCCGCUCCUAUGAAGCUCAUGAAGCUAGAGGGUUAGCUUAGCAUAAUGAAUGGAAACAGAAGGGAGCCUGACUUUCUCCAAUAGCAAUUAAUCCGGCUUAUAUCAGAUGUUGAACGUCAUGAAAUAGUCCGAACAUAAAACCCUGCAAAUAAGCACAUGUUUACAUUUUCUAUUAAUAACUUGACAACUGGAUGUCAAGUUAUUAAUGCACUUAGGCCCAUAAGUUCGGUAGGGCGCCGAUGGUAGAACCCGUUGGUUCGUUUUUCCAUUACAUAACCCUCACUGGGAUGACAAAAAAUUCAUUUCAGUUAUAAAAAAGUGAGUCCACACUGACUGUAAUUCGGUCUGUACUGGCUACUUGUUUCAAGUCUUUGUGCUAAGCUAAGCUACCUGGACGCUGACCAUAGAUCGUAUACACCUCAGUGUGGUGUCAAUCCUGUCUUGUAACUCUCAGCGAGAAGGAGAGUAAACGUGGAAAUAUUCCUUUUGGAAAAGAGAGUCGGCCUGGACGAGCCCUCAGAAGUGUUUAGGGUUCAGGUCUGGUUAGCGGAAGAUCAGCUUCCUCUUUUCUUUUCUUUUUUCUGCCGCUCGAGACUCACAUUUUCAGACAAAAUGUUCUGUAUUGGUGCAUAUUGUGGUGCAGGAAAUCCAGCUGUAGGGAUUUGGACAUUGCCUGCUACAUUAUGAAUUUCCCCUGUGGACAGCCAGCCCCCCCACCGCUGAAGGUUGGACAGAUUCUGCUGCUCAAGAUGGCCAAUUUUGCUCUGGCUUCCUCGUUUCUUUGUGUUGUCUAUUAACCCAUGUUCCUUAAGUUUGACGUUGCAUAUUGCACUGAAAUGAAUCUGCCUUGUUUAUAGCACUGCGUGCGCUGAUACUGCUCCUGAUAUGACCUGAUCCAGUAACCGCAGCCAUGAUACACAGAAACCAGUGAUGACACCCUCGGUAAAGCAACAAAAGGAAUGUGCUUUGGUUGUGGUUGAUGCAUUAGUAUCGAGUUAUUUCACUGGGAAUAGAAACACUGUUUUUAAUUUAAGCUGAAUGCCCGUAUGUUUCUCCCCAAAAGGCCAACAGAUUCUCUUGUGUGCAGCUGGGUGAGAGGAGUCGAUGCCAAAGCACCAAAGCAAACCUUCUAGCUUUAUUUAUCAUCUCAUGUGCCAUUUGAUUGACGUCAGAGCCACGGUUUAUUCAUUUCAUUCGCUUGCGCGUUGGUUGGACCCGUUGGGACCCGGCGGCACAAGCGUCACCGAAAAAAGGAAAAAUGUGUGUGUUUCUACGUGGUGUGUGGUUUUGCAGCUCUGAAGGUAACAAUGUUCACAAGAGCUAUGCAAGGAACGCAGCUCACCAUCAGUAGCAGCUCCGCGCGCAAGAGGGCGACAUUGCACAUGAAUGAAGUGGCAGCCUGAAUGCCUGGAAGACGAUUGUGGAUUUUGAAAAAGGAUGAAACUGCUGUUUGUAUACGUUCUCUAUCCUAAUUUUCCUCUGAAUUGUAAGCGUAAAUUAGAGGGAAGACAUUGUCUUACACACUGCCCCCCCCCCCCGCAACCCCUUUUUAAUUCACUUGAACAUUCAACAUUCUGCACAUUGUCCGCACUACCUUUUUUUGAAUGUUUUAGCUCUAUUUCAGGGACCAAAUGUGAGUUGCUGCUGCCGACUUGCUGUUAGGAGACAUGCGAGUGUCGUCAUUGUGAAUUUGUUGUGUGAACAGUUCGUUUUCCUUGAAAAAGAGGGGUGUUGUGCUAACCCAUUCUUCAGCUUUCUUCAGCUGAACCCCUCUACAGCAUCUCCAAAAGGGUGCAAGAUGUUCAGAGGAGCAGCUCCCUUCUUAUUUGUUUGUGUUUUAGAAUUUGUUUGUUCUGUUUUGAUUUUGUUGUUUCUGUCAAUGAAACGGCAAGAGACUGGAAUGAAGUUGUCAGAUGGCCGCACAUCCUUAGCUGCACCUCUGGACAGACACCCAGCAGCAAACCACUGGAUGGCUCACGAUGACGACUUCUCUGUCCCUCACAGGUCCUGUGAUUCAAGCAUCUGAGGAGACACCCACCAACUCCUGAUCCCCAGCAGCUCAAUAAUCCUGUCUCAUUAACUUCAAACUACAGCUGCCCCACCCUCAGUCUACUGUUGUCAGUGCAGUGUGUGAAUGGGACUUAACGAACAAUUCACCGAGAGACAAUGUUGUUAAAAAAAUAAUAAUAAGUGGCACUUGUAGAUAAUGUACAACGUGUUCUUUUUUUCUAAAUUUUUUACCAGCCAAGCUGCUGAUAUUUAUAACUAUUGCCUAUUUAUGUACAAAUUGUUCCUCCUGUACAUACUCCACGGUCAGUUGGAUUAAAAAUCUUUUGCAGUACUAAAUGCAGGAAUGUCCAUUCUUCUACCUUCACAGAUCUGUAUCAGGGUCCAGCUUUCCGUUGGGUUUGCCAUCGCUCUUUAUGUUUCCCCUUAUAAUCAUAAUUAAUAAUUCCAUCCAUCCAUCCAUCUUCAAACCGCUUAUCCUGUACUCAGGGUCGCGGGGGGGCUGAAGUCUAUCCCAGCCAACUUCAGGCUAGAGACGGGGUACACCCUGGAUCGGUCACCAGCCAAUCGCAGGGCAACACAGAGACAAACAACUAUUCACACUCACAUCCACACACCUACAGGCAAUUUGGAGUUCCCAAUCAACCUAAUCCUCAGAGCAUGUCUUUGGACUGUGGGAGGAAGCCGGAGAAACCAGGAGAGAACCCACGCAGACACGGGGAGAACAUGCAGAGUCCACAAAAAAAGGCCACUGGGCCGAGUCAAACCCAGGACCUUCUUGCUGUGAGGCGACAGUGCUUAAUUAAUCAUUCGUUAAUUAUAUAUAUAUUUAAAAUAAUAUUGUAUUAUUAAGAACGUACUGACAGAAAAGGCUUUCCUGUUCCUAGUUAAACUCUCCAAAAAUCAAGGCCCAAUUUUGUAAUCUUAAUCCACUUCCGUCAGCUAGUUUUUUGGGGGAGAAGCCAGUUUACCUGAAGGGUGCAUGAAUCCAUCAGGAUGGGGACGUUAUCAUUGCAUUAAAAAAAGCUUCCAGUAUGCAAUGCCUCAAAGAGAAGGUCAGGCCUUCCCAUCACUCUUUUGAUCGUACCCGAAGCUUCCUGACUGAACUUUACACAAUUCAGACCCAGACACAAUUUCUCUUAUCUGAGUUGACAUUUAAUUUACUUUUCUAUCCGUGUAAUGUGCUUUCCUCCCCCGGCUUGACUCAAUGCGGGCUACUUUUCCCACGUACACACAACCAAACCUCAGCAGAGCAGGUGUUUGGAAUGUUUAUAAUGCUUCGAGGAGGGAGGCAGUCGGGUUUAGGAAUGACUGAUGGAACUUAAUCAGCGUGCCAGUAAAUUUAAAAAGGAAAGGUCUCGAGUUGUGAUCGUCCUGUUUAUUUGUUAUUUUAACCUUUGCUGAUGUUCUUGGUUACAACACAGAAGCUAAUGUUGAUGGGGAUUUUUUUAUGACCAUUGAGAGGGAAACGGCAGGUGGGAGCUGAUACGAGGUCCAUUGUUGUUCUGAAAGCGCUCUCUGGGUUUGAUUAACUAAUUGCCGGCCAUGCUAACUUUGUAUAUUCAGCCCCUUGUAGUGAUUCAGGAAUAUGGAAGUAAAUCUGUGCCAUCGGGGGUUGAAAUAAAAAGUUGAUUGAAUUUCUAGCACUGAAUAUUUAUGCAUUGAAAUUAUGUACCUGAAUGUUUUUCAACAUUAAAACACCGCAAAAAAAUUCAACCUAAAAAAAAAAAAUGGUGAAAUAAUCGAAAUGGAGGCUACAAUAUUCAACCCCAAAAAAUUCAACCUUGAGUGUGUGGAUUUAUUUGCUAACAGAUUGCAAAAGAUUAUACAACAAAUGAAUAUUGCAGAGGCUAUUUAUAGUUGCUCUCAUGCUGCUAGUACAAUAGAUUGUAUGAAGGAAAUGCAUUUUGAGUCAGACUUUAGAGCUUUUCAAAAGUAGUAAGAGGUGUUAGAAAUGCAUUUUAAGUUGUAAAUACUGUAGCAUACUUAGUGUGGAGCCAUUGAUCUUCUGAUUGAAGGAUGACCCUGCCUGCCCACUGAGGCUAUUUGCCCUUCAUCACCCUCUCUGUAAAGUUUCGGUGAAAAGGAAGUUGGAGAAUCUUAUUGUCUUGUUAAUGUACCCGAGUGGAAAAGAAUAGUUGAGAUUUGUAAAAGUCUAGCAGGGGUUUACAUCUGAGUCUUAUUGUUAAAUAGGUGCACAAUAGAACUUGCUUGCUAGCUUGUUCAUUUCAUCUAAAUUCAUCAAUCAUAUGGUCAGGUUGGUGCAGUAAGCACCAGGUCUGACAUACUUAGUAACAAGGAGUGUCCUGUUCAAACAGACCAACAUUAACACUGGAGCUCAAUGUUCUGCUGAGCACCUAUUAUACAGGGUUUAGCUUUUUACGAUCCAUGAUUGGUAUUAAAACAUCACAUGGAGGAACCUGAAUGUGUGUGAUUUGGUCAGGCUUAGUGGGCCGAAUAUAGAUUGAUUAGGCUAAAAGAAGUUUUAAGCAUUCACAUACAGAUUACAUAAUCAUGGAAAUUAUUUGAAAUAAAUUGUCAAUGAAAUAUGCUCAGGGAUGAUAUAUUUAUUUUAUAUUAUUGUAGCCAUUUCCUGGCUAUCGUUGCCGGGUUCUCCGGGAAUAAAGGUACGGACAGCGUUCCCUGAACCGCUCCCCCGUUCUCCCUCCUGCAGCUGCGCUAACCACA